CCUAUUCUUUCUAUUCUUCUUCUUAUUCUGGUAUCUGUCGCUUUGAAUUUAAUUUAAUUUUCUCUCGCAUAAAUAAAUCUUUCUAGGACACACAUCUUCUUUCUCUUCCACCGACUUCACCACCGAGUCUACCUUCUUUCUGUCCAGAGAUCGUGCUUGGUGGAGUGCCACAUGUCUCGGAGAUGACUUUUCAGUUCUAAAUCUCAAACUUCUGUUAAAGUGCCAUUUUGAUUGAUUGGAGAAACUGAAGAACAAAAACAAAAUGAGAAAGCAUAGCAUCAGAGACUCCUUGAAAUCUUUCUUUGAGCCUCAUCUUCAUCCUGACAGUGCUGAAUUGCUCAAAGGAACCAAAACUGAAAUAGAUGGAAAAGUGAAGAGAAUCUUGGGAAUUGUUGAGAGUGGUGAUAUUGAGGAAGAUGAAUCCAAAAGAGAAGUGGUUGCAGAGUUGGUAAAAGAAUUUUACAAAGAUUAUGAGUCCUUGUAUCGUCAAUACGAUGAUCUCACGGGAGAGAUCAGGAAAAAAGUUCAUGGUAAAGGAGAUAACGAGAGCUCUUCUUCAUCAAGUUCAGACUCUGACUCUGAUAAGAAGAGCAAGAGAAACGGUCAUGCUGAGAAUAACAUGAAACAGAUGGAAGCAGCCAAUCUUGAAAUUGCUGAUCUAAAAAGAAAGCUAGAAACAACUGUUGAAGAAAAAGAAGCUGUAGAAUCAGAGCACCAAGAGACUUUGAAGAAGCUUAAGGAAUCAGAAGACAUCAUUGGAGAUUUGAGACUUGAAACCGAGAGGUUAGCUACUGCGAACAAAGAGCUAAACCAGAAACUAGAAGCUGCUGGCGACGCCGAAUCCGCUCUGAAUCAGAAGCUAGAAGAUGUGAAGAAAGAGAGAGAUGGAUUAGAAGCAGAUCUCGAGAAGAAAUCUCAAGAAGUUACAGAUAACAACCGUCUACAGGCGCAAACAGAAGCAGAGCUCGAGAGAGAGAAGCAAGAGAAAGCUUCCUUACUGAACCAGCUAAACGCUGUGCAGAACGCGUUACUAGAGCAAGAAGGUGCGUACAACACGCUAAGCCAAGAACACAGACAGGUCAACGCUCUGUUCCAAGAACGUGAAGCAACGAUCAAGAAGCUGACGGGAGACUACAAACAAGCCAGGGAGAUGUUGGAAGAGUACAUGUCGAAGCUGGAGGAGACAGAGAGGAGAAUGCAAGAGACGGGUAAAGAUGUAACAUCGAGGGAAUCGGAGAUCGAAGAGCUUCAAGAUACGGUGGAGAGGCUACGUAACCAAGUGGAGAUGAAAGGAGAAGAGGUUGAGAAUGUGAUGGAGAAGAUGAAUAACAUUGAGGUUAAACUACGCUUGUCGAAUCAGAAACUGAGAGUAACGGAACAAGUGUUGAGGGAGAGAGAAGAAGAGUUGAAGAGCGUAGAAGCUAAGUAUUUAGAGAAACAAGCAUUGCUCCACCAAACAUAUAGAGGUUUGAUUAAAGAGAUGUCAGAGAGAGUGAAUUUGACAAUACUAGAUCGGUUCCAAACUCUGUCUGAAAAGGUUGAGGUGAGGCACGGAAGCUUUGAGGUGACGGUGGUUGAAGCGACGAAGAUGCUUUUGAAGGCGAAGGAAUGUGUGGUAGAGAUGAAGAAGGAGAAGGAAGAGAUGGAGAAGGGUAGAGAAGAGAUGGAGAAGAAGCUUGAAGGUCGAGUAAGAGAAGAGGAAAGAGAGAAGGGGAAAUUGAAAGAGGCAUUGUUGGGGUUAGGAGAAGAGAAGAGAGAGGCGAUAAGACAGUUAUGUGUAUGGACCGAACACCAUAGAGACAGGUGUGAGUAUCUUGAAGAGGUUUUGUCUAAAAUGGCUGUGGCAAGAGGAGGACAAAGACGGUCACAACAAGUGUCUUGAAGAUGUUCUAUCCUAUCUGUAAGUCAGAGCUAUAAGCUUUGUUCAUUAGUUUUUGUUUUCUGAAUUUGAGUUUUUUUUUUUGUUGUUUUCAAUUUGAAAUUGUUUUGUUGGGGGUCUGAUGAUGAUUGUGUUUUGUAGUGGUUUGUAAGAUCAUAAAGAUGGAUUUGGAUGUGUGGUGAGAUUUGUAACCCAUUUUAUCUUAACCGUAUUUUAUUUUGUUGCCAAUGUCAUGCUCUAUAUUUUAA